AUGGAUCAAAUUCAGUUCGUAAAAGACAAACACCUAAAAUAUCUUAAUACGUACACCGACACAACCAACGGAGAAGAACUGAUAUUCAACGAAACUCUGAAGAUGCGGGGCGUUUUCUACUACAUAUGCUCAUGCAAAAUUUUGUCCCACGAAAUUGAGAAAAAGGAGGAAUUCAUUAACUUCAUUUUGCAGUGCCAAAAUCCCGAUGGGGGCUUUAGCAACAACAAGAGUCAUGAUUCCAAUAUUGUAUCGACACACUACGCGAUAUUGUCUCUCCUCUUACUUAAUCAUCCUUUUGAUGGCAUCAACCCCUACUUCCAUUCGUUGAAUCCCCCCCAUGAUGGAGAUAACUCACCAAAGAAUAUAACCGACAGUACCGCGGAAUACAUAUUAUCCUUGCUCAAUGAAGAUGGAUCCUUUAAGGGGGAUAUUUGGGGAGAAGUCGACGUACGUUUUGCAUGCAGUGCAGUCAGUUGCCUAACCAUCCUAAACCGCCUGAGUCUAGUGUCAAGAGAUAAAAUUGCAUCCUACGUUUUGACGAAUUAUUCUAUCUGUCAAAAUGGAUUCUCCUGGACGAGUGGAAACGAACCACAUGCUGCUAGCGUCUUCUGUGCAGUGGUAACUUUAUUUUUAAUUGAAAAACUACAUCUCAUUAAUGAAGAGAAAAUAGGAGAGUGGUUAAGUUUACGACAAACAAAUAGUGGGGGGUUCAAUGGACGAGCAGAAAAAUUAUCAGAUACCUGCUACGCAUGGUGGAUAUACUCCUCAUUAAUUAUUCUAGGAAAAUAUAAAUGGGUAAAUAAAAAUGCCUUAAAAAAUUAUAUCCUCUUAUGCCAAGAUUUAAAAACUGGUGGCAUAAGUGACAAUCCAGAUUGCCUACCCGACAUUUGCCACACCUUCUUCGGCCUUGCUGCACUGAGCUUGAUAGACAAUCUGCACGGAGCAGACGGUAGAUUGAACCUUCGACUAGUGCACCCUGUGUAUGCAAUCCCUCUGGACGUUGUGAGGGAAAGAGGCUUACCCCACCCAGAUGUAGAAACGGGGUAA